UGUUUCUUAUUGGUUUGUUGAAUAUAUUUAGGAUCCUACCUGGAGGCAUUGGUGAUCGAUUUUAACUAUAUGCGUAAACCUAUUCGGUGAUAGCUUUUUCAAUCCUGUCUACAACUAUUUAAACCAUUUGGGCGUUCACAGAUAUUUAAAACUAUUCGAAUCAGUUGUUCUUAUAUGACGCGGAAUAAUUAAGUCUGAAGGUCGAUUUCUUCAUAACCACACGAGUAUUCGGUUUCGGUAAACCAUUAUGGACUUUACAUGCGCACCUACAAACGAAGGAUACUUGUUAAGUAGCUAUCGUCACUUUUUCGAGCUCCUUGUUCUCAUCUGUAUGUCUAUAUUUGGUGCAAAGUACGUGUUGAAGCUAUUCAAAAAGUAUAAAGGAGAGUUUCUUCGUGCUGGGUUCGCUGGUGUCGACAUGAAUAAACCCUCCAAGCCAACAAUACCUGAAGCCCAGGGAGUAUUAUGUGGUGUUGUUUUUCUUUCCAUCAUGUUUCUGUUCAUUCCUGUUCCGUUCUGGAGAUACCUCGUUGGCAAAGCUGAUAUGCAACCAUUAGAGGUGUGCCAGACAAACGGAAUCAAGGGAGAACAGGAAAUUAUAUUUAAAAGCCAGUUCAUUCAAUUUCUUGCUGGUUUGCUGUCCAUAUGCUGCAUGCUUUUCUUGGGUUUCGCCGACGACGCCCUCAACCUACCUUGGAGACAUAAAAUUGGUUUUCCAUUUGUUGCAGGCUUACCUUUACUAAUGGUCUAUCUAGCCAAUGACGGGACCACAAGCAUAGCUGUCCCAGUUAUUCUGAGAAGUACCUUCGGCACCAGCGUAGAUAUCGGUAUUUUGUAUUACAUAUAUAUGGGUUUGCUGACUGUAUUCUGUACUAAUUCUAUAAACAUAUAUGCCGGAGUAAAUGGUCUUGAAGUUGGCCAGGCAAUUGUGAUUGGUGCUUCUCUAAUUUUAUUCAAUCUGAUUGAACUUUCUAGUUAUCACUGGCGUGUUCAUCUCUUUUCGCUAUAUUUUUUAAUUCCAUUUUUGGCUGUGUGUUGGUCUCUAUAUCGUGUAAACCGAUAUCCGGCCAAGGUUUUCGUGGGUGACACAUUCUGUUAUUUUGCGGGCAUGACUUUCGCUGUAGUCGGUAUUUUGGGUCAUUUCAGCAAAACAUUGUUACUAUUCUUUCUACCGCAAAUUGUCAACUUUCUGUAUAGCACUCCUCAGUUGUUUGGUUUGAUUCCCUGCCCACGACAUCGAUUGCCUCGAUACGAUCCAACAGACGGUCUAUUACACCCCAGUCGUGUUCGUUUUCAUCCAAAGUCUUUAUCACGUCCUGGUCAGUUUGUUUUGACUGUGUUUUCCUACGUGGGCAUUAUUGAAUGUAAACUUUGCCCGGAUUGUAUCCCAAAUAUUCCUACAUCACCUAGGACGGAAAUGAUCGUUUCACAACCAUCUGAAAAUAUGUCUUCUGAUGAAGAACAAACAUCGGAAAGACAAAGAGCUAGGAGUAGAAGCCCAGUUCAAACCAAAUUACCUACUGAAGAAAUUGUUGAAGUAGAUAACCUUACUGUCAUAAAUAUGAUGCUACGUGUUUUAGGACCCAAAAAUGAACAACAGACUACCAAUACUCUUUUGCUACUCCAAAUACUUUGUUCUUGUUUCGCAUUUAUGAUUCGUUAUCCUCUUGCAUGGCUUUUUUAUGAUGUACCAGCUAAAUAAUUACAAUGAAUAUUUUGUUCAUAACAUUGUAUCAAUGAUUUUGUACAAUGUUUUAGUUGUAUCUAAACAAUAUAAUAAUAACGAUUAUUAUUAUUAUCAUCAUCAUUAGUAGAAUGAAGCUUAUAUAUAUAUACUACUUAUAUGUGUUACUUACACAACUGACUACUGUAUACCAGUUAUUCUGAAAUUAUAUCCUUUCAUUUUGUGUACAUUUUGAUUACUCAAAUGUUUAUAUUAUAAUUAUUUUGAAGAUGUAUUUCAUUAUUGAAUUCACUUUUUUUUCGUAAAAUGGCAUUUUAGAGAAAAACAAAAAACUCAUUCUAUUUAUGUGAUGUUUACUUUGUUUACAUAAUCUAUUCUAUGUAUAUUUCAAUGUAUGUUUGAAUACAAUGAAGUAUAUUCAGUUCAUUUUCUACAUGUUUGUUUUUACAAAUAUACAAAUCAGUUAAUAACUUAUUUUCAUCAUUAUUGUCUAUGAUGAAGAAUGAAAAAUAAAUCUUUCUUCAUUACUUGAAUAGUAUUGUAGUGUGGUCUACUUAUAUCCACAUCAGUAGUAUAUGGCGAUGGUCAGAAGACCGAUUAGGGAAGAACCGAAAUGAAGUGCAAUUCGUAGGAAAAUGCAUGAAAACAGUGGAAUUAGAGAAGAUGAACUGAUAUUUGAAGAAGGAACAGUGAAAAUUGAGACAAUUGAUUGUUAUUUUGCAAAUUAACUGUUUGCUGUAUGUUUAUCAGAUCUUAGUAAGAUAGUUUGUAAUUUGUGCUUAAAUACAUUCGAUUGUCCCC